AUGUUGAAGGAGGCUUUGGAGCUCUUCAGACCAGACUUCAUCAGCCGAUCUCAGGGUCGACUGAGGAGGUUGGAGCACAGGGCUAGGAUAAGGAAAUCACUGCAGGACUCCAAUCCAGACCUGGUGCAGGGCCUUAGGGAAAAUCGUGUCAAGCAAAAGAGGAACUGCACCACACCAGAUCCACUUAGCGAUAACCUUUUCAAGCCUAGAGAGAGGUCUAUAUCGAGUAGAGAGAUGCAGCUGAGGUCCAGACGGAUUUACAACAUGCUGCCAGAGGUGACAAAGAGAAAGGAGGAGGAAAAAAGAAGGGCUGUAUCUCAAGCCAACAGACUGCGGGCCGAAGUCUUUAAAAAGGUAGUGCUUGGGUGA